AUGUGGGCCUCAGCCAAUAGGUGGAACACACACUCUCUAACCAAGUAGAUGGCUGUUACAAAAUCUCAAAAGCUGGCUCUACAUGAACAAAGUGAAGUCCUCAGGGCUGAUAGGUCUUGGAGAUAUAUGAUUGCUGAGGACAGACAUGACUCUGAGGCAUCUCGGCGGAAAUUCAGACAUUUCCAGUACUCAGGUGUGUCUGAACUCCACAAAGCCCUAAGCCAACUCUGGGAUCUUUGCGUUGAGUGGCUGAGACCAGAGGUUCAUACAAAGGAUCAGAUACUACAUCUGCUGGUGCUGGAACAGCUCGUAGAAAGCCUCCCGGAGAAAAUCAGAACUUGGGUGUAUUCACAGCACCCUGAAAACAGCAAUGAUAUGAUGACCCUCAUAGAGAGUGUGGUUGAAAUACUUCAUGACCCAGAUACACUGUGCAAACACUCUGCCCUUCGGGAAGGAAGCACGGAGAAGAAGCACACAGAAGCUCAGCCACAAGCACAGGAACUCCAGGAACCAGUGACUUUCAACGAUGUGCUUGUGGAGUUCAGUGAGGAAGAGUGGGGACGGCUGGACUGUGCUGGGAAGAAACUGUUCAGGGAUGUGAUGCUGGAGAACUAUCGGAGCGUGUGCGAAGUGCAGAAAGCUGGUGUGUUAUCCAGAUCAGUUGAAAACCUCAGCUGGGAAAAUAAGAAAAGAAGAAUUGAGGAAGAAAUCCUUGAAAAGGUCAUUUUGUGUAAGAAUAAAGUAGAUUUAAAGCAUCUGCCAAAGUCUGCAUUGUGUGCAACCCAGGCUUCAAAUAGUUAG